UCCAGGCCUUGUAAUUAUCAAUAAAGAGAUAGAGAAACAGUAAAGAGAAGGCAGAAAGAACAUGGAGGAAGAGUUUUCCAGCCUUAUAAGAGGCACAAAAAGCUCCAAGUUCUUGAUGCAAAGAUAGUAUAUGUAAGAAGCUCAGUUGGCCUCUGCUUCAAAGGAAGAGAAAGGAGGACCUUAACCUUCUGAUGCAGGCUGGUCUUCUUCUCUCUGUCUCAUGAAGUCAUUGGUUCCUCAGCUAUCCUUUGGUUGUCUUGCAUUGAUCACCAAGCUUUAAUGUUGUUGUUUCUGUCAUGGAACCACAAGCUGCGGGAUGGUAUUCUGAUGUGGGAAUGGAUGGAAGUUUCUUUGGUCAGUGGGAGGUGAUGGAUGAGCUCACGGCGCAAGAAGUCGAGGCGGCGCUUGGGCAAGACCUCCAGCAAUCCAUCUCCUCGGAAAGCUACGACUCAUUCCCUUCGGAUCAACCACCGGCGAGCACCGGAAGACCAAGGGGAGCUCUCAAGACUCGUAGCUGGAGCUCUUGCACCACCGAGCAGCAGAACUCUGCUCUGGUCCCUACUGCCUCCUCUCCCAGCAUCCUUUCCUUCGGCAAUCCGGAGUCACCCACUGACCGGAACAACAUCUACGGUUGUCUCGGUGGUGUGGUGAAGCGAAAGAAGGAGAUGGACGUUCUCCUCCACCAUGGAUCCAAGAGGAACUAUGACGCAAUGGUCGGGCAGGGAACGACUUAUCACAACAAGGAUCACAUCAUGGCUGAGAGGAAGCGAAGGGAGAAGCUCAACCAGAGAUUUAUAGCUCUAUCGGCCAUCGUGCCUGGCCUCAAGAAGACGGACAAGGCUUCUGUUCUUGGUGAUGCUAUCAAGUAUCUGAAGCAACUCGAAGAGAAGGUGAAGGUCCUCGAAGAGCAGGCGGCAAAGAGGACUGUCGAGUCUGCAGUUCUCGUCAAGAAAUCUCAGCUCCGUGCCGACGAUGACAGCUCCUCCUGCGAUGAGAACUUUGAAGUGCGGCAGUGCGGUGAUUCCCUCCCGGAGAUCGAAGCCAAGAUUUCCGAGAAGGCCAUCCUCGUCAAGAUUCACUGCGAGAACCGCAAAGGAGUACUGGUGAAGGCACUCUCCGAGAUCGAGCAGCUGCACCUCUCUGUCGUCAGCGCAAGCGUCAUGCCUUUCGGCACCUAUUCUCUCGAUAUGACUGUGAUGGCUCAGAUCGAAGAGGGGUUCGACAUGAACGCGACGGACGUCGUGAAGAAGCUGAGUUCUGCUUUCAGAUAGCUUACAUGAAGACUCUCUGUCCUUGUACUGCUCUCGCUCCUAAUCGAAAGGACUUAUUCCCCACGCAUCUCAAAGACCAUCAUGCCCGGGCUUCAAGCUUUCUCUUCGUCUUCGCUACAUACUACGUCGGAGAAGAAGACUAGCACGGUUAUGUUCAUGUGGUCUUCGCUUAACCUUUCUGAAGGCUUCUUGUGUGGAGUUUGCUCAAAGAGCUCACCUUUCUCUUGACGAGGUUUGACUUCCCAAACCUACUCGUUGGCAUCCUGUGCGAUCUUCCUUGUUUCCGAGAGCUUCGGUGCGGUAGCAACUCCUCUGUUUCUUAGGUUGUCGAACCCUACUUGCCUCCCCUUUCCUGUGUGUAAGAAACAGGAGAGUUGUUGCUGUACAACUGCACAAUAAAAGUACCUACAUAUAUGGUGGCUAAUGAAUUCUCAUAUCAUUUGAUCGUUUAA